AUGCAGACAGGUGCGGGAGAUCAGCCAGGUGCGGGAUGCAGACAGGUGUGGGAGAUCAGCCAGGUGUGGGAGAUCAGCCAGGUGCGAGAGAUCAGCCAGGUGCAGGAGAUCAGCCAGGUGCGGGAGAUCAGACAGGUGCGGGAGAUCAGACAGGUGCGGGAUGCAAACAGGUGUGGGAGAUCAGCCAGGUGCGGGAUGCAGACAGGUGUGGGAGAUCAGCCAGGUGCGGGAUGCAGACAGGUGCGGGAGAUCAGCCAGGUGUGGGAGAUCAGACAGGUGCGGGAUGCAGACAGCCUGCGCGCCGCCGACGCGAGCAUCCACCUGCCGCGCUGGAGGACGCUGAGGAGCAUCGUGGAGAGGAUGGCGAACGUGGGCGAUCACGUGCUGGUGGAAGCAAACCUCAGGGGCAGGAUGACCCUGAGUAUGGAGACGGAGGUGGUGUCCAUUAAAAGUUACUUUAAAAAUCUUGGAAACCCUCCGGAGUCGGCUGGUGUGCCUCCACACAGAGACCUGGAGAGCAUGGUGCAAGUGCGGGUAGAUAAUCGGAAGCUCCUGCAGUUUUUGGAGGGACAGCAAAUAAAUCCCACGAUGGCCUUAUGCAAUAUUUGGGACAAUAGUCUUCUUCAGCUUGUUUUGGUUCAAGAAGAUGUCUCUCUCCAGUAUUUCAUUCCUGCUUUGUAAAAAUUCAGCCAGCGUAGAUUUCUUUUUUUUAAGCUUAUGAUCUUUUCAAAACUGAAACAGACCCUGAGUUAAUUGGGUUGAAAGUUUGCACCUUCUCUGACUUAUACAGGGCGUAUAUUUUGUGGAGCCCUUCCUCCUCUGCAAAAUUUAUAUUAAAGCAUUGAUAAA